AUCAGGCUUUGCGCUGAGAAUGGUAACUCGUCUUGGAAUCAGUGCGCUCACAUCAGUGGCAUGCUUCAUGGAGAUAUGUACCUCUCAUUGCCCUCUGAACCACCAACAUGGAUUGCAAACCCCCUGUUCUUUUUCUGAUCCUCUCUUCAUUGAUCUGCCUGGGACAACUCACUAACCAUCCCUCCAACGAAGUUAAUCUGCUGGAUUCGAAGGCGAGUCAAGGGGAGCUGGGCUGGAUCUCUUAUCCAUCACAUGGGUGGGAAGAGAUCAGUGGGGUGGACGAGCACUACACCCCGAUCCGCACCUACCAAGUGUGCAACGUGAUGGAGUACAACCAGAACAACUGGCUAAGGACCAACUGGAUCCCACGCAACUCAGCCCAGAAGAUUUACGUGGAGCUCAAGUUCACCCUGAGAGACUGCAACAGCAUCCCCCUGGUGCUGGGCACCUGCAAGGAGACCUUCAACCUGUACUGCAUGGAGUCGGACGAGGACCAAGGGGUCAAGUUCCAGGAGUACCAGUACACAAAGAUCGACACUAUCGCGGCCGACGAGAGUUUCACUCAGAUGGACCUGGGCGACCGCAUCCUCAAGCUCAACACUGAGGUGCGCGAGGUGGGGCCUGUGAGCAAGAAGGGGUUCUACUUGGCCUUCCAGGAUGUGGGGGCCUGUGUGGCACUGGUCUCUGUGCGGGUCUACUUCAAGAAGUGCCCGUACACUGUUAAGAACCUGGCCAUGUUCUCAGACACAGUGCCCAUGGACUCCCAGUCACUGGUGGAGGUGCAGGGCUCCUGCGUCAAUCACUCUAAAGAGGAGGAGCCUCCCAGGAUGUACUGCAGCACGGAGGGGGAGUGGCUGGUACCCAUCGGGAAAUGCUUGUGCAACAUCGGGUAUGAGGAGAGGGGGAACUCCUGCCAAGACUGCAGACCCGGAUUCUACAAAUCUCUCCCUGGGAACGCAAAGUGUGCAAAGUGUCCUCCACACAGCUACACCCACCAGGAGGGAUCUGUGCACUGCAGCUGCGAGAAACACUACUUCCGCGCAGAGAAGGACCCAGUCUCCAUGGCCUGCACCAGACCUCCCUCCGCCCCGAGGAACGUCAUUUCAAACAUCAAUGAGACUUCGGUCAUCCUGGACUGGACCUGGCCGGCAGACACAGGGGGCCGGAAGGACGUGACGUUCAGCGUGGUGUGUAAGAAAUGUGGUGCCAGCGCUCAGCAGUGUGAGCCGUGCCGCGGGGCUGUGCGGUUCCUGCCACGCCGUGUCGGCCUCACCAACACCACAGUGACCGUGGCCGACCUGCUGGCUCACACCACCUACACCUUCGAGAUCGAGGCCCUGAACGGCGUCUCGGAGCAGGGCUCCGCACUCAAGCAGUGUGCCGCCGUCACCAUUACCACCAACCAAGCCGGUAAGGCUCCAUCACCAGUCACUGUGAUCAGGAAGGACCGCACGGCUCGGAACAGCGUCACCCUGUCCUGGCAGGAGCCAGAGCGCCCCAAUGGGAUCAUCCUGGACUACGAGGUCAAAUACUACGAGAAGCAGGAACAAGAGACAAGCUACACUAUCCUGAGAUCAAAAGGCACCAACGUAACGAUCAACGGGCUGAAACCUGACACCACGUACCUGUUUCAGAUCCGAGCGCGCACUGCCGCAGGGUACGGGGCCAGCAGCCGCAAGUUCGAAUUUGAAACCAGUCCGGAUUCUUUCUCCAUCUCCAGUGAGAACAGCCAGGUGGUGAUGAUUGCCAUCUCAGCCGCUGUAGCCAUCAUCCUGCUGACUGUGGUGGGGUACAUUCUGAUUAGCAGAUUCUGUGGGCAUAAGUCGAAACACGCUGAUGAAAAGAGGUUUCAGUUUGGAAAUGAUCAUUUAAAACUCCCAGGACUCAGGACAUAUGUGGACCCACACACUUAUGAGGACCCCAAUCAGGCUAUCCAUGAAUUUGCCAAGGAAUUGGACUCCUCUUGCAUAUCCAUCGAUAAAGUGGUUGGAGCAGGUGAAUUUGGAGAAGUGUGUAGUGGCCGGCUGAAGCUGCCCUCGAAGAGAGAGAUCUCUGUGGCAAUCAAAACCCUGAAAGCAGGCUACACUGAGAACCAGAGGCGGGACUUCCUGAGCGAGGCCAGCAUCAUGGGGCAGUUUGAGCACCCCAACAUCAUCCGGCUGGAGGGAGUGGUCACCAGAAGUAAACCAGUGAUGAUUGUCACAGAAUACAUGGAAAAUGGUUCUUUAGACAGUUUUCUACGAAAGCACGAUGCCCAGUUCACUGUGAUCCAGCUGGUGGGCAUGCUGCGUGGCAUUGCCUCUGGGAUGAAGUAUCUCUCUGAUAUGGGCUACGUUCAUAGAGACCUGGCGGCUCGCAACAUCCUGGUCAACAGCAACCUGGUGUGUAAGGUGUCUGACUUUGGGCUGUCGCGUGUGCUGGAGGAUGACCCUGAGGCUGCCUACACGACGCGGGGCGGCAAGAUCCCGAUCCGGUGGACUGCACCAGAAGCCAUCGCCUACCGCAAGUUCACCUCCGCCAGCGAUGUGUGGAGCUACGGCAUUGUGCUGUGGGAGGUGAUGGCAUACGGAGAAAGGCCUUACUGGGAGAUGUCCAAUCAGGAUGUAAUUAAAGCAGUGGAUGAAGGCUACCGGCUGCCUCCUCCCAUGGACUGCCCAGCUGCCCUGUACCAGCUGAUGCUAGACUGCUGGCAGAAGGACAGGAACAACAGGCCCAAGUUUGAGCAGAUUGUCAGCAUUCUGGACAAGCUCAUCCGCAACCCAAGCAGUCUCAAGAUCAUUGCCAACACCGCUUCCAGGCUAUCAAACCUGCUGCUGGACCGGAACAGCACAGACAUCACUGCCUUCCGCUCAAUGGGCGACUGGCUGGAGAGCGUCCGGACUGUGCCCUGCAAGGACCACUACACUGGGGUCAGCUACAGCUCCUGCAACACGCUGGCAAAGACAUCAGUAGAAAUAUGCCUGAGUGAUGUUAAGCCAGCAGACUCCUUACCUGAGUUUGAACCGCCCCUGGGGAUUUCCACACUUUAACCACAGCAAUCCCAGAUGGGACUUCAAGAAGAUAGGUGUAACUGUUGUAGGACCUCAAAAGAAGAUUGUAAGCAGCAUUAAAGCACUUGAAACACACACAAAGAAUGGCCCGGUUCCGGUGUAAGACAGACCCUUCGCUGCUUUGGGUCAGAAAUAAAAAAUAAAAACAAUGUGGGAAAACAACGCAAUGGACAGCAAAUUGAUGGAACAGUGGCAAAGGCACAGGGGGAUCCAGGGAUCUCAGGAAGAGUUUCACAGUGCUCAGAGUCCAGAUGGAUAUUAGUCCCGGGGUACAUAAAGACUUGCCAGUGCUACGAGUUAGAGUUGCCUUAAUUUAAAAAAAAAAAAAAAAAAAAACAAGAGGAAGGAAAACUGUGUUUUCUACCAAUUUAAGUACUUCAAUCAAGCUGUGUUUUACCAUGUAACCAGGAGGUGAGAACAUUUAUUCACAAGGUUGCAUCAGAAAGCAUGGCUAGCUUUGAGACUGAUAAUUGAUCAAGUGGAAGUGGUAAGAAUGGUGUUUGCUGUUAACAUGUUUCAAAUGAAUUAGUAACAGGGAACGACUUUACUAAUGUUGCUAAAAAGGAAUAAACAGAAAUAAAUAGGUAAGAUAACCCAACUACCACUGGAGACUAAAUUUCGAUUGCAGGAACUGUUGAUGUCUUGAGCUAAGCAAUGCAAUAAAAUCAGCUCAGAACACCCCGACUCCUACCCAGAGGUUUAACACACUAAUCAUUCUAUCAAUCAUUGCACACGCACAAGGUUCAGCAGGGUCAUUAAGGCUUCUGACCACAGAAAUGCAUAGUUCAGCAUAGGGUGUUCUUCUGUUGAGUUUUGCAGUGAAAUCAUGCUUAACACCAGUGUAAACAAAAGUGUUACUGUAUGUACGCCUUAGUUUGUUGCUCACAUUUGUUUUUCUCAACUGCAAUAUACCGAACAUAAUUAAUGGUAAUUAAAAUAAUUGGUAUACACUGUUUAACAGUAACGCGGUCCUCAGAAUGACAGCCCUAUUCAUGUAAUGUAAUGUAAUGUAAUGUAAUGUAAUGAAAGUGCCAAACAGCAAGUUACUUUGCUUUAGGGAACUAUAUGUGGUGUAUUUGAACCCCACAGUUAACACACGAACCACAAUGUGGAGAUUCAGAGUCUCUAAUUAUAGGUCUUGGGCCAGAUAAGAAAGCAGGGUUUUCAGUAUAAUAACUAUUUCUCUCAAUACUAAUUGACAGAUGCUAGUUUUCUCACACAGACUGAUAUGCAACAUAUGUUGUAAUGUACAUAGGAAAACAUUAGGAAUCCUUUUUUAUGUGGGGUUAUGAGUUACCAUUGAUUUCAAAUUGGAUUAUAUUGUAAUGGAGAUACUAUUUUGAAUGUGGAGAAAGUCUAAUUCAAAUUGUUUGCAUGAGAGUACCGACUGACAGACAAGAUGGAAGACUCGGGGCCAGUCCCAUUGCUGUCCCUUCUUGUUGACUUUGCCCCAGCUAGCAGUCACACUUGUAAUGCCAUGCGGCUGCCCAGUGCAGGUUUUAAAGGGGAAAUAAUCUGGGUAGUCAGAUUGGAACUGGUAUUACAUGUCAGUGGUAACAGUUGCCGUGAUUUAUAUAAAACUGAGAACCAUUCUUAUUUUGAAUAAUAAAAAAAAUUAUUUAAUGCGCCGCAGUGUCUCGUCUGAAGUGAUGCAGAAGGCAUAGCGGAAAACUGGAGGGGUAAUCCUGAUGUCAAUUGAAUGAUGCAUCUUUAACAGCUGAAGACGCGAGGGAAAGAAUAAUAAGAUAUAUUGGGAAAUAUAUCCUGAAGGGGCAGAAGUGAGCAGAAAUCAGUUGCUAUCACUGUAAACACUGUCCCAGGCUCUGCUUCCUUGCGUGCCUCCCCCUGGCUUCAUGGAGCAUCCCAGUGAAUGGGCCCUUAGUGGGAGAGACUGCACUCCUGUUACAAACACUGCUCUUCAACACAGUAUCUUCAAGUGAUUUCUCAUGUACUCUUUAAAAGAGUGCAAACAAACAAAACUGAUCUAUUAGUCACUGUUGUAUAGGACACAGAAACAUACCUGAAUCUCUCUCAUUAUACAUGUGAAUAAAUACUCUUCCCCACAGUGUUAUCUUGUACAUAUGGAAACAUGAUAUUGUAAUAUUAGUAACAGUGACAUUAGCGGUACUGUCGUUUAUGUGGCCAUCUCUUGUACAGUACUUAUAUUAAAAAAGCUUGCUUAGGACAACAUAUUUUUAAAACAUGUACCAUAUUAUCUGUUCAGUACCUUAAAAAUCAAUUCUAAUUUCCAUCUAUUAUUUAUUCCUGUUAGCAUAUCCAGUGCAGAGUUGUUGCUUGUAGCAUACAGUAAACUAUGACAGUGUAUGGGAUUCCUAUUGAUGAUGUGUAUUUACCUUUUAUUGUGUAAGUUUGUUUCGUUGGUAUUUUUUUUUGUUUUUAAAUACAAUACUGUUAUCCCCUAAUUUUGUUUUUGUGUGCAAAUGUAGAUGGCCUGCUACUAAUGUAAACGGAUUUGUAGUGGAAACAUUUAUAUUUUUAUAAUAAACAUAAUGAAGGUAUUUUUUACAGAA